AAAAUAUUUAUUUAUUUGAAAGAGUUACAGAAAGAGAGAGAGAUAUCUUCUGUGCACUGGUUCACUCUCCAAGUGGCUUUGAUGGCCACGAUUGGGCCCUAGGCUGAAGCCAGGAGUUUCUUUCCAGUCUUUCAUGUGAGUGGCAGGAACUCAAGCACUUUGGCCAUCUUCUGCUGCUUUCCCAAGCUCAUUAGUAGGGUGCUGGAUUAGAAGUGGAAUAGCUGAGUGCCCAUUUGGGAUGCUGGCGUUGCAAACAGUGGUGGCUUAACUCACUCCACCACAGCACUGUCUCCUUCAUUUUAUUUGAAAAGCAACAGCAACAAAGAUUUUUUUUUUUUAAAUUAUUUUAUUUGAAUGGCAGAGUUGCUGAGAGAGGGGGGAGACUGAGAGAUCUUCACUUCCAAAAUGGCGGAGUACUUGGGCCAUCUUCUGAUGGUUUUCCAGUUGCAUUACAAGGGAGCUAGAUGGGAAGUGGAGCAGCCGGGACUCCAACCCAAUGUUCAUACAAGAUGCCAGCAUCACAGGAGGUGGCUUAAUCUAUGUCACAAUGCCACCCUAACAAAUAUCUUCCAUCUGCUGGUUCAGUCUCCAAAUGCCUGCAACAGCAAAGGCUGGGAUAGGCUAAAGCAAGGAGCCUGGAACUCAAUUUGGCUUUUCCAUGUAGAUAGCCAGGACCCAAGUACUCAUCACUAGCCACCUCUCAGAGUAUGCACUAGUAGAAAGCUAGAUUGGAAUUGGAGGGACAGGGACUUGAACCAGGCACUCUGAUAAUGGAGUGCAGGUGCACUGCAUAGAAUGUUAACUGCCAAAUACCUCACAUUGUUGCUUUUCCACUUAGGAUUUUCAGUUUUUAAUAGAUUGGGUAAUCUGUCAAAUUUCCAGAAAUGGAGACAUAGACCCAUUGUUUUCCACCAAACUUUUUUUAAUAUGGUAAAUUCCAAGUCUUUUGGUUAACUAUAUCAUAAACUUUACUCAAUGUAGUUACUUUUAAAAGUUGGAGGCAUAAUUUCAACUUAAAUGAAGAGUAUUGGUUACACUACUUUGUUUAGGUAAUAAAAAACUGUAAGUUCCAAAUAAUUGGCAUAUAACCAAGGUGAGUGUUGAGGGAACAAAAUCAGGACUAAUAUGGUUAAAAUAGGAUGUCAGUACUUACUAUAGAAAUAUUUGAAAAUGGUUGAACACAGUUGUAUUUUGUAAAGAAUAUAUACUUUUAAAACUUUUUAAUAUAUUCAUUAUAAUUUUUCAAAAUUUAUUUAUUUGAGAGGCAGAGAGAGAGCUUACAUUUGCUUAUUCUCUUCCCAGAUGCCUGCAAUAACUAGGGCAGGGCCAAAAUUGAGUACAGGAGCCAGGAAUGCAAUCCAGCUCUUCCACAUGGGUGGCAGUGACCCUGCUGUUUGAGCCAUCACUUUUGCCUGUUGGGGUCUGCAUUGGCGGGAAGCUGGCACCAGGAACCAAAGCUGGGAAUCCAACCCAAGUACAUGGGUUACAGGUGUCUUAAUAGCUAAACAUCUGCUGCCAACUUCACCUUUUGAUCUUGAACUGAACACUUUUAAUCAUUCAUAGGCAAGGCUGUGCUGUAUCCUCCUUGAAGCUUUUUAACUUCCUGUUGUUAGGACAGCACUGACAGCAUAAACCUCUUUAUGCACUCAGCUAUGAUUAAACCAAGGUUACAUCCUUUGUAUUAAAACACCACCUCUCAGUUAGUAAAUAUACUGUAAAUCUAUCUAACUUGCCACACUAACUGUGUGGCAGUACUGAUAUCAGGGCCGUUGGGAUUUAUCUGUAUGUGGACCAGUGCCCACAACAAUUGGAGUUGCAACAGGCCCAAGUCAGGGACCAAGUACUUAAUCUGCAUCUGCCACAAGGGUGAUAGGGACCCAAGAACUUGAGCCAUCACCUGCUGCCUCCCAGGAUGCACAUCAGCAGGAAGCUGGGACAGAUGGCCUUCAUCAAACCCAGGGACUGUGGUUUGGGAUGAGGACAGUUGUGAGACCAGUGCACUUUUGACUCAAUGGGGAUAAAUGGGUUACAAAAUGUCCUCCUAUGCUUGAGAUCUACAGACUACAUGUCCUACGAGAACUAACCAAUGGUUUUUCAUCUACUGGAUUUAUAUUAGAAACAUAAAUAUGGUGCCAAAAGAACUCCUUAUCUUUCCCUGACUACGAUUUAUUUGGAGAUGCAUUUGUAUUGAAGAGAGGUAUACACACUAAGGAUACUUGUUGUACAAAGACUGUCGUGUAGGAUCAUGGACCAUCCUAGUAGGGAAAAGGAUGAAAGACAACGGACAGCCAAACCCAUGGCACAAAGGAGUGCACACUGCUCCCGACCGUCUGGCUCCUCCGCAUCCUCUGGGGUUCUUAUGGUGGGACCCAACUUCAGGGUUGGCAAGAAGAUAGGGUGUGGGAACUUCGGAGAGCUCAGAUUAGGUAAAAAUCUCUACACCAAUGAAUAUGUAGCAAUCAAACUGGAACCAAUAAAAUCACGUGCUCCACAGCUUCAUUUAGAGUACAGGUUCUAUAAACAGCUUGGCAGUGCAGGUGAGGGUCUCCCACAGGUAUAUUACUUUGGACCAUGUGGGAAAUACAAUGCCAUGGUGCUGGAGCUGCUUGGCCCUAGCUUGGAGGACUUGUUUGACCUCUGUGACCGAACAUUUACUUUGAAGACGGUGUUAAUGAUAGCCAUCCAGUUGCUUUCUCGAAUGGAAUACGUGCACUCAAAGAAUCUCAUUUACCGAGACGUCAAGCCAGAGAAUUUCUUGAUUGGGCGACAAGGCAAUAAAAAAGAACAUGUUAUACACAUUAUAGACUUUGGACUGGCCAAGGAAUAUAUUGACCCUGAAACCAAAAAACAUAUACCUUACAGGGAGCACAAAAGUUUAACUGGAACGGCAAGAUAUAUGUCUAUCAACACGCAUCUUGGCAAAGAGCAAAGCCGGCGAGAUGAUUUGGAAGCCCUAGGCCAUAUGUUCAUGUAUUUCCUUCGAGGCAGCCUGCCCUGGCAAGGACUCAAGGCGGAUACGUUAAAAGAGAGGUAUCAAAAAAUCGGUGACACAAAAAGGAACACUCCCAUUGAAGCUCUGUGUGAGAACUUUCCAGAAGAGAUGGCAACCUACCUGCGAUACGUCAGGCGCUUAGACUUCUUUGAAAAACCUGACUAUGAGUAUUUACGGACGCUCUUCACAGACCUCUUUGAAAGGAAAGGCUACACCUUUGACUAUGCCUAUGACUGGGUCGGGAGGCCUAUCCCGACUCCAGUAGGGUCAGUUCAUGUAGAUUCUGGUGCAUCUGCAGUAACUCGAGAAAGCCACACACACAGAGAUCGGCCAUCACAACAGCAGCCUCUUCGAAAUCAGACUGUGUCGUCAGACCGCCGAGGAGAGUGGGAAGUCCAGCCCAGCCGGCAGACCAAUACCUCAUACCUGACGUCUCACUUGGCUGCAGACCGCCAUGGGGGAUCAGUGCAGGUGGUUAGCUCAACCAAUGGAGAGCUGAAUGUCGAUGACCCCACAGGAGCCCACUCCAACGCACCAAUCACAGCUCAUGCCGAGGUGGAGGUAGUGGAAGAAGCGAACUGCCUGAAAAUGCUCAACCUGUGGUGCUGCUGUUUCUUUAAGAGGAAAAGGAAGAAGACUGCUCAACGCCACAAGUGACCAGUGCCUCCCAGGAGUCCUCAGGCCUUGGGGACUCUGACUCUAUUGCACCUGCAGCUCCUGCCAUUUCUCAUUGGAAGGGACUCCUCUGUGGGGGAGGGUAGAGAUCCAAACCAAAAAGAAGAAAACAGAUGCCCCCAGAAGGAGCCAGUGUGGGCAGCCAGGGCCCAGUGGGUCCGUGGCCGUCCCACCUGCUGAAGGCUCUGAGCAGGUCCCAGAGCUGCUGCUCCUCCACUUGCCCCUGGGACCGCCUGGUUGACCCUCCUUCCCAUUGUUUACAGUGAAGGUGUCAUUCACAAAAACUCAAGGACUACUGUUCUCUUCCCUCCUCUUAGUUUACUCCUGGGUCUUGCCCCACCCUCAGCCUUCUCCAGCAUAAAAGCUAUGGAGCUAAAGGCUUUGCCUACAGAAACUUGUUGGGGCUGAGCCCCAGACAGGAGGAGGAAGAAGCAGACCUGGGUGGAGAAGGACGUUCUCCACCUCCCGUGUGUGUCUGGUGUCCUCUUCCUCCGUGCCUGUCAGCCUCCAUCCCCACUGGCCACGGCUCAGGCCCACCUCCCUCCCUCCUGUGAAGUUACACUGUAGGACGCAAGCUGUGAGAAGUCCGCAGUCUACUGUCCCCUGUUGGCGUCCUUAGCUUUCUUGGCAAGCAAAUCCUUUUCUCCAGGUGGUAGCAGGACAAUGCAGAUUGUUCUGAGGCAAAGGAAAGAAAACUGACUUUAUUGCACUUUUAGUUUUUUUUUUUUUUUAAACAAACAAAAAAAAUGUGGCAGAUGCAUAUUGUGUCUGGUUAUAUUGGGGGUUUUACUUUUUCUGUUUUGAGGGGAAUGGGGCUGGCCAAGCCAUUCACCGAGAGCAUGGGUCCAGAGGACAUUCUCAAUGGGAAGAGUGUGCUGUGCAGCACACGGAAGAGAAGAAGCCAAACUGUCAUUCUGAGUGACCGCUCAGGCUGGCAAGGAAACAUACUUGAAUUUUCAUUCAUCUUCUCAACUGCUGAAGAAUGUCCCUGCCAGAGCCUCUUGACCUAGCCAGCCUGCGUUUGAACGCCUAGCUCUCCAGCCCGUGGGAUGCGCCAGCCAAGCCAGGCUGUGACCAGGAGACAGCUCAUCCCAGAGAAGGAGAUGCUUAACACAAAAAAUUCCAAAUGUCUCUUUCCUCCACUGCCAGGGACUUCCAACUAGAUAGCCAUGCGACUUUCUGGUGACUUGAGAGGCGAGAUUAGUGAUGAUACAGCCACUACCAUAUUGCUCCUAGUGGACAAAAAGAAGAGGACAGUAAACCUGCCUUCCAACUGCCAGAGAAGCCUCAGGGUGUGGCAUAAUGGGCCAGGAAAAGAAAGUCAGUAUGUCCUGUGUGCCCCAACAGCUGAGCUGUAGCAUUUGGGCUGGUCUGCCUUCCCAGAAACCAAGCCCGUGAAGAUCUUCUCCCAGCAGGUCCACAGCAACAGGCUUAGGACUCAGUACCUCAGUAUCUGGGGCUGCAGUGAACAGAAGGGUAAGAUUGAUUGGUGCUGGAGAAUUCCAGGGAAAAGGAGACUGACAUGAAGCGUCUGAAAUUGUCUUCUCAGUCGGACAGAGAGUCCUUCUGGGUAAGAUGGCCACGCAUGCUUUCCCCAGUCCACCUCCCCUCCCGCUGUGCCGUGUUCACACGAAGUCCUUCCGCGAAAGGUCUUGGUUUCUGGUUCACUGUUGGAAAAGUCAGUGCACGGAGUUGCUCCGCUCAUGUUCGAUGUUCAUUUCUCAGUGGCUUACCCAAACAGUGACUUGUCAUUCCAGAUGUGGCAGAAGGGAAAGACUCACAUCAGAGAAUGUGGUCUUGUAUCUGAAUCGAGAGCUAACCGCGAAGUGCAGGGGCUAAUGACUUGCUCUGGUGGCUCAUGGUGCACAGAAAUCUUGGCCUCUGGCUUGAAGAGUAGGGCUUUUUUUUUUUUUCUCCAAACAAGGUUGUGGUGGUACUUUCUGGUGGUUGGCAUUUCCUAACAAGUCUUUGACAUAACUUGCAGAAAUAGUGUCACUUGCAUGAAUCAGAGUUACUGGGCUUCACCUGUUCCAUUGGACUUUGGCUAUGGAAUAUCACUUCCGUGGCUUCCAGCCUGCUUAGUAAUUACAUAAGGACUGCAGUCUGUCAGUUUUUAAAAGAAGUGUUUGUGCAUAUGAAACAGGCAAGGAGAGACAGUGGCAUGCCCCUUCCCCACAAGGGUUUUGAAUAUUGAGGUUUGUUUCCUUGCCAUUCCCUAGUGGUUGAAGUCCCAUCACUGAAAUUUGCAGCAUUUAGGUAACUCCAGCUUUCUGUAUAGAAACUUUAACUUCCUCAAACCUAUGUAGAAAAUGCAUUUCUUCUAAAGGAGGGCAGGGGCGAAUUGUGGCAAAGCCUGCAGCAUCCUGGCAUUUGAUGCCCCACUAAGUGCCUCCCCCAUCCCACUUUUACAGAGCAACGAAGGCAACAACCAAUUUUUGUCUUAAACCUUUUAAAAGGCUGGCAUUUAUGAGGUUGAGCCCAAGCACUUGGGGGAAGGGUCAUUCCUAAUGCACUGUUUUCACCCUGCAACCCCUGCAAAUCUCUGACUAGAUGUUUGGUUUUCAUAACACAAGUGAGGAGCCCCAAGUCCCUGCAGCAUGUAAAGUGGUAAUCCUGCCAGGUGGCACUCCGUGGUAGGCGGUCCCAGACCUGCGAGGUUCUCAUGGAAUCAUCCUGAGAAGUAAGAACAACAACCCUCAAAAGCCUUGAGUCCCCCAGCAGUGACAUGCCAGCCCUGUUGCCACAGUAACCUAGCACGAUGCUUGCAGUUGGGACUUCCCACUGCUCACCCUCCCACCCCAACUUGGCUGGAGCCGUCCCCAUUUCACAGCUUUGAAGCCUGAGGAUCUUUUUCUUUGAGGUUGAUGCGGUUAUUGCUCCUGAAAUCUAAAUCUAACUCAACAUCUGUUGAUUAAAAAAAUAGGAAAAAGCACACCUUAAUAUUCUCAUUAGGCAUUUUCCCCAAAGUCCUCCAGUGCCUGAGGCAGUGCAGCCUAAGCAAAACAGGAUUCCACCAAGGCAUAAAGGGUCCUCCCCCUGUGACCGGAGUAUAACUUGGGGCUGCACAUGUUAGGGUUGAUGAGUUGCUGUGCACACCUUGAUUCUGUCCCAAGAUCUCUCCAGACUGCUCCACAAGGGUGGACAGAGCACCCAGCAGCCUGUGUGCGGGCAUGACUGCCUUCAUUAACAUUCUGCUAUUUGGGGUUUGUCUUGAGAGGAAGGUACUAGGCAGGUGGCGAGGUGAGCUACAGUUAAAAUUCCAUUUUACUUUAGAAUGUGUGAGCUAUACUGCACAGUAGAAAUCCUGAGGUUUCUAGUAGGGAUUACCUGUAUAUUAUCAGGGAUUGAACUCCAAGUCCAUAGAAAUAGCCCCUGAUCAUUAGCCAGAAAGGCAUCCAUCACCUGUCUAAAGUAACCUCCCACUUAGUUCAGUGGAAUUAGACACUGGUGGUGCAUGUUCAGUGCUGAUUUUCAGUGUUAGUGACCACUUUUAAUUCCAAAAUUACAGAAUGAUGGUAUUGUUUUGCUGGUGGUUACUAAAGAUCAUAGCCUUAACUUGUUUUUCUUAUGCAAAGGGUAUAAUUGGUUCCCCAUCCCACUGAGCUAGUAUGGCCGGCAUUUCUCAAAAAUAAGAACUUCCACAGCAGCCUAGAAAGCAUCCCCUCAAAGCAACUUGAUCUUCCCGUGCAUCUUUGCCAAACCUGCAUGGCGCCUACAUCCCAGCCACAUUUUGCAUUUUCAUAUUUAAGUCAAUUUUCCAUUCUCUUGAGGUACCCUGUCCACCUUGACACCAGUGUCAGAACCACAUGAGGGCUAGAGUUUCUCAGAUUGUGAAUUUUCAGCGCCAUAUAGCCAACAUUGCCUUUCCUGGCCACUGUCAUCAUCCCCACCAUUGUCCCCAAGAGGCGUGAGUUCCAGAAACCCUCAGGGAGCAGGCUAACUAGGCACCCCGUGUGGCUGGCCCCGUAGGUGAUAGGCACUUACGUCUGGGAUUCUUGUUUUUGCAGAUUCCAGGCAAGUCCUGUCUAGAGGUUGAUGGUUGGGGGCUCCAGUCUUCUCAGAAUGGGUUGGUAGGAAUCAGGUUGGGUUACCUUUGGGUUUGGGCUUGGGCUUGGCCUUCUUGAAGGGGGAGGUAGUUUGGUUUCUGAGUAAGAAAAAAGGCAACCAUAGCCCUUUUGUGGGUUUGUAGACUUUUGAACAAUGUUUUAGCCACAGAUCUUGGAGGUCUUUGAUCCAGUAAGCAGUCUUUAAAAGUAGGUGUUUCUUAACUCCUUUUACAGGUGACUAAGUGCAGAAGAAUAGAUUUUUUCAUUGUAUUCAAAAUAGUAAGUAGAUACCCUGCUUAUAGAUAAUAGUAGUUGACAUACUUUCUCAAAAAGCAACCAGAAAACCCACUCCAGUAUUUGUAAAUCAGCUUGCAAAGGAAGAGGUGGACAAUUACUCCAUGUAUUUCUAGUUUGAAUACCAAACAAUGUAUAUUGUAACGAAAGCUCAGUGUGUGGACAGAAGUUCUUUCAUUAUUUUUCUUUUAUCCCUCACAAUCACUCUUCUGGUGCCGUCACCACCUUUAAGGUCUCAGAGCAGAGGGUUCCCCUUGGCAAUAAAUGGCAGUGCAGUGCAGGCACGCCAGUAACACCAGAGGACACUGUCCUGACCCCCCGGCUUCUCUGUCAGGGCAAGUGAGACAUUGUCACUGUUCCUCUCCAUGAGCUCCAGACUAAAUCCCAAGUCAGCCUGUGUACUGAAAGGCUUUGUAAAAGGUGUACUCGUCUGUUAGGAGUGUCUCAGGAAUGACGAGCCAUUUCUGGGUGGGAAUAAAUGUACAGAUGGAGGUGUGUGAGUAUGUGUGUGUGUGAGAGAGAGAGAGAGUGUGUGUGUGUGUGUGUGUGUGCGCGCGCACACUCCUCUGCAUGCAUUUCACUUCCAUAAAGAUUCACAGUUACUGGGAACUGUGUGUUCCUGAGUAUUCUGAGAUGGACAGGUGACAAGUGAACUUCUCGGAUUAGUGUCUCAUCAAGCUCAUUCAGAGAGUGAGCCCCACUUACCAGGCAUAGAGCAAAACACAGGAGAAAAUAGAUGAAACCAAAAAUAUAAAAAAAAAAAUCCCACCCACGGAAAAUAAUAAUGUUCAUUCAGCAAUUCUCAUUGGAUAUUUUACAUGCUCUAAUUUAUUAUAUUAUUAUUUGUUUCUUUCAUCUUUGCCCAUUGUACUCUUAAAAAGAUGUUGGGAUGUUGAUUGCAAUUUUUAAAGACUAGAUAAUGUAUAAAUCAGCUGUGGAAAUCAGUUUUAAUUGAUGUAUGGAUGUGUCUGAUUAUUGUUAAAUGCCUUUUUUUACCUUUAUUAUUAUUAUUAUUAUUAUUAUUAUUUAGGUAUGUAAUGUUUCAUAAAUCCUGGCACUGGUCGCAAAGCUCAGCUGUGAAAAUGAAACUUGUAGUAUUUUUAAACAUGAAUGUCAAUUUCAAGUGUAUUUGAAAUGGUUCCUCCAGGAGAGAGACUUGUACACCAUUAGGAAAAACUCCUCUGCAGAGAGGAAGUAGCCUUCUUUGAAGAAAAUGGAAAAUGGGCCCUGAUAUGUGAUCUCAGCAGCCCAUUUCCCAGGGCACCAUGGAAAACACAAAAUGUGAUCUUUAAGUAUACCUCUUCCCCAGUUUGGGGAGGAAAAACUCAGUUUGCACCCUUUUUGUAUGUAAAAUAAAAUGUCUUACCUUUCUUGGCUUUUA